CUCGCCGGCCGGUCGGGGCAGCGGAGGAGGUGGCUGGCAGUGGCUGGAGGCUUCGCUAUGGGAAGUGGUUCCUUUGCCCCCUCGCGCCCAGCCCUCCUCCCUGGUUCUCCGCAGCCGCUGUUGGAGGAGAGCACCGGGAGGCGUGGGGUGCAGCCGCGGCUGCCUCUCCCGGCCCGGGCGGCCGCGCCGCUGGGCAGGUGCUGAACGCCCCCCGGAGCCUCCCUGGCCGCCUCCCUCCUCUGCCCGGCUGCCGCAGUGCACAUGGGGUGUUGGAGGUAGAUGGGCUCCCAGCCCGGGAGGCGGCGGUGGAUGCGGCGCUGGGCAGAAGCAGCCGCCGACUCCAGCAGCCCGGGGGCCGCGUGCCCUGAGCACCCGUGCGAGCCCCGGGCUCAGCCAUGGGGACCCCUGCGAGCAGCAGCACCGCCCUCGCCUCCUGCAGCCGCGUCGCCGGAGCCACGAUGAUCGCAGGCUCCCUUCUCCUGCUUGGAUUCCUUAGCAUCACCACGGCUCAGCCAGAGCAGAGGACCUCGAGUCUCACUGGCAAAUACCACCAUGUUGACCGUGCCACCGGCCAGGUGCUGACUUGUGACAAGUGUCCAGCAGGAACCUAUGUAUCUGAGCACUGUACCAACACAAGCCUGCGUGUCUGCAGCAGUUGCCCUGUGGGGACCUUCACCAGGCAUGAGAAUGGCAUAGAGAAAUGCCAUGACUGCAGUCAGCCGUGCCCGUGGCCCAUGAUCGAGAGAUUACCUUGUGCUGCCUUGACUGACCGAGAAUGCACUUGCCCACCUGGCAUGUUCCAGUUUAAUGCUACCUGCGCCCCCCAUACAGUGUGUCCUGUGGGAUGGGGUGUGCGGAAGAAAGGGACAGAGCUCGAGGACGUGCGGUGUAAGCAGUGUGCUCGGGGUACCUUCUCUGAUGUGCCUUCCAGUGUGAUGAAAUGCAAAGCAUACACAGACUGUCUGAGCCGGAGCCUGGUGGUGGUCACGCCGGGGACCAAGGAGGCCGACAAUGUCUGUGGCACACUCCCGUCCUCCUCCAGCACGGCCCCGCCUGCCCCCGGCACAGCCAUCUUUUCACACCCUGAGCACAUGGAAUCCCCUGAAGUCCCUUCCUCCACUUACGCUCCCAAAGGCAUGAACUCAACAGAAUCCAACUCUUCUGCCUCUGUUAGACCAAAGGUACCGAGUGGCAUCCAGGAAGGGACAGUCCCUGCCAAUGCGAGCUCAGUGAGCAGGGGGGAAGGCGUGAACAGGACCCUCCCAGACCUGCGGGUAGCCCACCAGCAAGGCCCCCACCACAGACACAUCCUGAAGCUGCUGCCGUCCAUGGAGGCCACCGGGGGCGAGAAGUCCAGCACGCCCCUCAGAGGUGUCAAGCGGGGCCACCCCAGGCAGAACCUACACAAGCAUUUUGACAUCAAUGAGCAUUUGCCCUGGAUGAUUGUCCUUUUCCUGCUGCUGGUGCUGGUGGUGAUCGUGGUCUGCAGUGUCCGGAAAAGCUCAAGGACUCUGAAGAAGGGGCCACGGCAGGAUCCCAGUGCCAUUGUGGAAAAGGCAGGGCUGAAGAAAUCUGUGACCCCAAUCCAGAACCGGGAGAAGUGGAUCUACUACUGCAAUGGCCAUGGCAUUGAUAUCCUGAAGCUCGUAGCAGCCCAAGUGGGAAGCCAGUGGCAGGACAUCUAUCAGUUCCUGUGCAAUGCGAGUGAGCGGGAAAUGGCUGCCUUCUCCAACGGGUACACGGCGGACCACGAGCGGGCCUACGCGGCGCUGCAGCACUGGACCAUCCGGGGGCCUGAGGCCAGCCUCGCCCAGUUAAUUAGCGCCCUGCGUCAGCACCGGCGCAAUGAUGUGGUGGAGAAGAUUCGAGGGCUAAUGGAAGAUACGACCCAGCUGGAAUCCGACAAACUGGCUCUCCCCAUGAGCCCCAGCCCCCUGAGCCCCAGCCCAGUCCCCAGCCCCAACACCAAACUUGAGAAUGCCACUCUCCUGACGGUGGAGCCCUCCCCGCUGGAUAAGAACAAGGGCUUCUUCGUGGACGAGUCUGAGCCCCUUCUUCGCUGUGACUCCACAUCCAGUGGCUCCUCGGCGCUGAGCAGAACCGGCUCCUUUAUUACCAAAGAAAAGAAGGACACAGUGUUGCGGCAGGUACGCCUGGACCCCUGCGACUUGCAGCCUAUUUUUGAUGAUAUGCUCCAUAUUCUGAACCCUGAGGAGCUGCGGGUGAUUGAAGAGAUUCCUCAGGCUGAGGACAAGCUGGACCGCCUGUUUGAGAUUAUUGGCGUCAAGAGCCAGGAAGCCAGCCAGACCCUCUUGGACUCUGUUUAUAGCCAUCUUCCCGACCUAUUGUAGAACACGAGGGAUACUGCACUCUGGAAGUUACUCAAUUUAGUGGCUGAGUGGUUGGUUUUGUUCUGUUGUGUGUGUAUGUGUGUGUGUGUGUAUGUGUAUGUAACAGAGUAUAUGGCCAGUGUUUUGAGUUUUCUUUUUUUUUUUUUUAACCCUCUCGGGAAGUUCGUUUAUAAGCCUUUUCAAGGUGUAACUUGCAGAAUACCCACCACUAAAGUUUUUUAGGUUCCAUAGUUUCUCUGUUUGAUCUGCCUUCUUCUGCAUUUUCAAAAUUGUUCUGUGCACUUUAAAUUCACUAAAUGUACCACAAAUGCCGUGUGGCUUUUCCUGCACACCGAGUUGCGAGGCUCUUAACUUCUUACAAGCAUAAUGGCAUCUUGUGACUACUGUUAGCAGCCUCCAUGUCUCAUCCACAACCGCUUGUUUAUUACUGUUUUGAUUACUAUUUGUCAUUUAUGAAUUUUUCUCAAGGGUUAAAGAAAUGGAAGACCCUGUUGUGUUACUAUAAUGCAAUUAGAUUUUCAGUCCUCUUUUUAAUAAGUCUUGUCUGGUUUAUAUUCAUGGCUUGAAGUGUGACCACACUGGACUGAUGGCACAUUUUUCCCCCAAACAGCACAUCGAGUGCUCAUCACUCGUUCUCAUCUUAACGCUACUAUGCUCUAGGCUGGAGACAUGAAAUCCUCAAGCCAUCAGGACUUGCUAUUUAAGUGGCUUGACAGUUGGGCCACCAAAGAACUCCAUCUUUUAGGGAUUGAGCUGUUCUGGAACAUAUUACUACACUUUGGAAUGUCACAACUGAGUGCCAGUGGCACCUUUUCCAUAGGGGAUUUGCCCUGCUUUGCUUUAAAAGAUGUGUCUUUUUUUAUACACACAUAGUCAUCAGGUCUUUUGCCCUCAAGGUCUUGAUCUUGGUGGGUUUCCUUCAUUGUUCAGUCAGUUGUAUUGAAAAUGGCUGCAGCUGUAAGAACUCUUGUCUGAUAUAUUUGCAACUCUGCUCCCAUUUAUAAACGUGCUCUCUAAUGCUCAGUUUCCAGAUUCUAAUACAAAGGUGGUUUGGACUCCCUCUGUGUGGGCAGGGUUUGUGGGUUGUGGUGAGGAAAUGAUAUCAGAAAAAUGCCUUCAAGUGUACUAAUUUAUUAAUAAAUAUAAGGUGUUUGUUACUUGA